AGGCGUGGUCCGCCGAUCGGAGGGGCCCCUCUGGCUGCAUGCGGAGCGCCAGUGGUGGGGAGGUGGACUCGGGGUUUAAUCUCCUUUAAACCCGCAGUUUCGCUCCUGGACCCCCGAUUCGAGCGUGGUUUCUUAUCGGUGGCCGUGGCUCCCUAUCGUGCCCGGAGAUGAAAGGCGCCUGCCUCGGGUGCCACCCUGGCGGCGGCCUUUCAUGAGUGUCCCGAUGUGCAUGGCCGCUGUCCCCUGCCGCCGGCCUCCCCGCUUCCCGCUGCCCGUGUCGGAUGUGCGCACUGCCUGCGCCCGCCCAGCCGCCGCUCCACACCACCAGCGGCUGCCCGCUCCGUGCGUCAGCGCGUCCCGUCCGGAGCCGUAGCCCCUGCCUUGGCCCCGCACCGCCUGAGAGAGGUUAGACCAGGACACGAGCUUCCCGUCCCCUCCCCCUCUGUCUCUCCCUCGCUGUCUGUCUGUCCUUCCUCCCCCGCGGCCGCCAUGGAGCUGCUGUGUUGUGAGCCGGAGACCGUGUUGAGGGCGCUGCCCGACCCCAAGCUGCUGCAGGAUGACCGUGUGCUGCACAAUCUGCUGGCCGUGGAGGAGCGCUAUUUGCCGCCCUGCCCCUAUUUCACGUGCGUGCAGCAGGACAUCCAGCCGUACAUGCGGAGGAUGGUGGCCGCCUGGAUGCUGGAGGUCUGCGAAGAGCAGAAGUGUGAGGAGGAAGUGUUUCCUUUGGCAGUGAAUUACCUGGACAGAUUCUUAUCGAUUGUACCAACUACCAAAAACCUCCUGCAACUGCUUGGAGCUGUUUGUCUGUUCCUUGCAUCCAAGUUCAAAGAGAAUAAUCCUCUGACAGCAGAAAAGCUUUGCAUAUACACUGACAACUCUAUCAGACCUUGUGAACUUCUGGAGUGGGAGUUGGUGGUUUUGGGAAAGUUGAAGUGGAAUCUUGCAGCUGUGACUCCACAUGACUUCAUUGAACACAUCCUGAAGAAGCUUCCUCUUUCUAAAGACAAGCUACACUUGAUCCGAAAGCAUGCACAAACCUUCAUUGCUCUUUGUGCCACAGACUUCAAGUUUGCCAUGUAUCCGCCAUCAAUGAUUGCGACUGGAAGUGUUGGAGCAGCAAUAUGUGGACUUCAGCUGGAUGUUGGUGACAGUUCACUUUCAAGUUAUAACCUGACAGAUCACUUGGCCAAGUUCUCCCAUGCAGAUGUGGAUUGUCUGAAAGCUUGCCAAGAGCAGAUUGAAUCAUUGCUGGUCAGCAACCUGAGACCAAUUCAGCGGGACCCUUCGAAGAGGGUGGAUGAACUGGACCAGGCAAGCACACCCACAGAUGUGAGAAAUGUAAACCUGUGAGGCUCCAGGAAUGGAAAAGUCUGUGUGUGAUCUUUCCUUUAGGAAGGUUUUUUGGUUUGUUUUUCCUUUUUAAAAAUGCUCCCACAUAGAAACUAUCUAAAGCUUCUUUUAGAAAACAAAACUGAUAUUAAAAACUAUGGUGCCUAUGGUGUUCUGCAGAAGGGAAUCCCACCUUUAUUUGUUUGCAUAAUUGCUGUUGUAUUAUCAACAAUGAACAUGCUUAAGAAGCAUAAAAAUAGCUAGCUAAAUGCAGGCCUGUGUAUGUGGGAUCAAAUGAUUAGAUAUUUACUGUUCUAUUUUAUGGUGCAUGCACCCUCUUCAAUAUAUGAAAAAUUGUGGCUCAAUUUAGAUUGCAAAGCAAUAGCCUGAGUGAGGUGGGGAGGGUUGCUGGAAAAUAGUCUUCUUUUGUGAGUGAACCAUCUUCAGUGGACGGAUUGCAAUACUGCCACAACACAUUGAACUUCCCUUCAGUGAAGUUAUGGGCAGGAUUGCUGCUCUAUGGAUUUGUUUGACCUUAAUGAGUGCAUAUGUGGAAGGUUCCUAUUUAAACCAAUUUGAGCGUCUAUGUCUUGGCUGUCUGUGAACAUUUCUUCUUCACAUCUGUUUCUUCCUAUUGUUGCUAUUGUAGUAUGGUAUUCGCCUCUCCCCAUGUUCGUCUGUCUUUGUUUAUCUUUAGCACAUUAGUCUAUCAGUACCCACCCAUGCAUCUCAUUCCAGCUCCCCCCAGAAUGUUUCUUAAUACCCCCUUCUCUCUUUCCCACCCCCCUCACUCAAAAUUGCACCUAGUCCUAAUUUUCUGUCUCUCUCCUUUAUCCCCUUUAACAACGUGUCUAACUGGUCCUGUUCCGCCUUCAGAAAUGGUUCAUUCUACACAGCAGCAUUGUGAGCUGCUCCUCUAACUGUGGGCCAAACUUGAAUGUGUCUAGGAAUUCCUUUUCCAACUGCCAAUCAGCUGAUUACACUGCCAUUGAACUCUGCAUUACACAGCAUUGUCCAGAUUGUAAGAAUCUUGGUAAAUCUUUAUUGGUCUCAGAUUUCAACUUUGAUUACCUGGCAUUCUGUGUGGAAAGCAGAGAAACCAAACUAUAUCCUUCCACUUGAAAGGAUGCUUAAAACUCGCUAAAGAGGAAAAACUUCCAAACAUAUAUUUUUUGUGCCGAAAUUGGCCCACAGUUAGCAUUAUUGUAAACCAUUUCAUUUGAAAAGCACUUUGAAUAUAUUUCCCUAGGGAUGAAUGAAAUGGUUUAUGAAAUUGACUUGUUUUUGUUUGCCAGUUUCUGGUGUAUUAUAUUAUGGUGUUGCUGGAAAAAGAAACAACACUUUGUAUGGAAGACAUUCCAGUUUGGGUUGCAACAUUCCACAGAUCUUUAGUAACUUCAUAUGUUUUCAGUGUCACAGAAGGAUCUUUGCGCCACAGAGAUGCCGAGCCUUGGACAUUUUGGAUGAGAAUCAUUGCUGGUGCAAGAAGCAGCAAGUACCAUGGUUCACAACUUGUUAUUUGAGAAUUUGU